GCACUCCCACGCCCACUCUGGACUGGUAACAUUGGCACUGGUGGAAGCACUGACGGAAGAGUGGAGGUCCCGCUUGUGUGUGGCGCUGCCUCGUCCACCUCCACCCCGUCAUCAUGGCUAUGUCCAAAUCCACCAACACUUACAACCGGCAAAACUGGGAGGACUCGGACUUUCCAAUAUUGUGCCAGACAUGCCUAGGAGACAAUCCAUAUGUUCGCAUGAUGCGUGAUCGGUAUGGAAAAGAAUGCAAGAUUUGUACUCGGCCAUUCACUGUCUUCAGAUGGUGUCCAGGGGCAAGAAUGAGAUUUAAGAAGACUGAGGUAUGCCAGACUUGUGCAAAAAUUAAGAAUGUAUGUCAGACAUGCCUUCUGGAUCUUGAAUAUGGCCUUCCAACUCAAGUUCGGGACUCUGCACUAAGCUUGACAGAUGAAAUGCCGAAAAGUGAAGUUAAUAAGGAAUUCUACAUUCAGAAUAUGGAAAAGCAGAUGGCAGCAACAUCUGAUGGCACCACAGCAGGAGGUGCAUUAGGCAAGGCUAAGAGUCAUUCAGAAAUGCUUCUUAGGCUGGCUCGUACUACACCAUAUUAUAAACGCAACAGGCCACACAUCUGUUCCUUUUGGGUAAAAGGUGAAUGUAAGAGGGGAGAAGAAUGCCCUUACCGCCAUGAGAAACCAACUGACCCGGAUGAUCCACUAGCAGACCAGAACAUAAAGGACCGUUACUAUGGUGUCAAUGACCCUGUAGCUGACAAGCUACUCAAGCGAGCUGCAGCCAUGCCAAGACUAGAGCCUCCUGAAGACAAGUCCAUUACCACUCUUUAUGUUGGAAACUUAGGUGACAGAAUUGGAGAAAAGGAAUUGAGAGAUCACUUUUAUCAGUAUGGGGAGCUACGAAGUGUUAAUGUAGUAGCCAAGCAACAGUAUGCCUUUGUCCAAUUUACAUCCCGCACAGCAGCUGAAUUGGCUGCAGAACGCACUUUUAAUAAGCUCAUUAUUCAGGGUCGAAGACUAAACAUCAAAUGGGGUCGGUCACAGGCCAGACAAGGUGGUCUCGGCCUUGGGGGUAUUGAGGAUUUAGAAGGCGAAGAUAUCGUUCCUCAAGCAUUGGAACCUGUCCCUGGCUUGCCAACACUUCCUCCCCCACCAGAAGAACUCCACAACAACUUUUUCAACUUACCCUCAACAGCUGCAAGCAUACCUCUUCCCCCUGGCCAGGCCCCUGCAGUGGCUGGUACUCCCACCAUUCGGCCUCCCAUGCCCCCUGGCCAGACUCCUCCAAGGCCUCCUGCACCCCCCCCUGGCAGCCUCCCUGGUGGCCCCCCUCCUCUUGGUGGACCACUUGGCCCUCGUCCUCCAGGUGUACCUCCAGCUCCACCAGGCCACCUUCCUCCCUUACAGCCUCCUCCAUUUUUCCCUCCACACCUCCGUGCACCUCUUCGUCCCCCACCAGGAGUUCGUCCUCCAAGUUACUUCCCACAGCCACCUCCUAUCCCUGGAGUUGGUCCUCCUCCUCCCCUGACUCAUGGAAUCAUACACUACCCUUCACAAGAUCCUACACAAAUGGGGGCUAAUCCUGACAAGAAGUGAUGAAGAUCUUAUGUAUUGUCAUUAAUAUUGGAUGGCUCAAUCAGACAUUGGCUUUAUAGUUUAAUUUAAUACAGUGAGUCAAAAUACUUCUAUGUCAGUAAAUGAGAGCCCCAUGGUGUUAGUACUUGAAGAAUGUAAAUUUUUUACAAUACUAAUUCAUCUAUAAAUUUCUUUUUAUUUUCCAAUGAACAAUAUUAUCUUCGUUGUUAAAGCUGCCGAAUCUCCAUUACAAUCCUCAACAGUAAAAACAUACUUAUAAAUUCAACAAUAAAUACAUGCUUAUAAAUUAAAAUUAUAACAUGCUGAUCAAUUAACCCUUUCCUUGUUAAGCGCUCGCAAUGAGACUAUCCCCUCAGGCACGCUCGGGCACCCCAGUCGGGGAAGGGGAUCGUUUUUAACUGCUGUAUCUCAAAAACUAUUCAUCACAGCUACAAAACAAAAACACCAUUGGAAAGAGGAGGCCAAGAUCUAUUAGAUUCGGUUAUGUAAGCCUCUCCUGCAAACAUGCAGGCACGUUCAAGGGGUGUUUUUUUUCCGUGAGUGCGACUGGUGCUCGCAGUGAGCUUUUAGCACCACCAGCAAGUGACACUAGUGCUCGCUCUUUUAACCUCUGUAUCUCAAUAACUAUUCAUCACGGCUAAAAACAAAAACACCAUUGGAAAGAGGAGGCCAAGAUCUAUAAGAUUUGGUAAAGUAAGCCUCUCCUGUGAACGUACAGGCACGUUCAGGGGGUGUUGCCUGUGAAGACAUACAUUUACACAUGCGUGACGGUCAGCCAUAAGGCAACUACUGACAUCUCUUGAUGAUGGGGUGCUGGCAGGGCAGUAUUGCCAACUGCAAAAUUUACACCUAUUUGGUCAAAAUAUGUCAUGUGAUAGGUGAAGCUAUGCAAAAAUGCCGCUAUAUUGGACAACAACAUCACCAGUUGCUCGUCCGUAGAUUUUCCGCGCUAGGCUGAUAUGAUUUUCCACCAAAUUUUGUGGAAAACCCACUGAAUUGGCAAUGCUGUGGUGUGAAAAAUAGUGUUGGAACACUCAUACGCGGGAAAUUUGAGUGCGACUGGAGCUCGCAGCAAGCGUUUAGCACCACCGGCAAGUUACGCUAGUGCUCACUGCGAGCAUUUAGCAACAAAACGGUUAAUAUUCAUAACCUAUUCAAAAUUGGUAUAAACAUUCAUAGGUAGGUAGUCAUAGGUGCUCCUACAACCAACAGCGGUGGGGGACCAACACAAAAAAACAACAUAAUAAAAAAAUGGCAAAAUAGUAAAUAGUUUGGAAUUAUUAACUUGGAAAGAUAGACCUACUGGAAGCUGAAAAGGAAAGGAUCAGGGUGUGAUCAGAAGCAACCACUAAUACCAGAUGAUCGUAUCACACUAUAUACUUGGUUUCAUGGACGAAAUACAGGUUGUGUGAAAAACCUGUAAUCUGAAUUUUCAGUAUUUUUUUUCCAUUAUAUAUAUAUAUAUAUAUAUAUAUAUAUAUAUAUAUAUAUAUAUAUAUAUAUAUAUAUAUAUAUAUAUAUAUAUAUAUAUAUAUA